AUGAAGUGUCUCUGUGGGAGGAAGAGGAAAAAGCGGACCUCCAUCGAGGUGAGUGUCAAAGGGGCCCUGGAGAGCCAUUUCCUCAAGUGCCCGAAACCCGGUGCGUCGGAGAUCAAUUCGCUGGCGAACAGCCUGCAGCUGGAGAAGGAGGUGGUGCGGGUCUGGUUCUGCAACCGGCGUCAGAAGGAGAAGCGAAUGACGCCCCAAAACGGACCGAUGGCCGGGAACGAGGAUGUGUACGGGGACGCCUCGCCUCACCACGGCGCGCAGACACCUGUUCCGUGAGAAAGAGGCGGCCUGAACAUAAUCGACUGUCUCUUUGUCCCGGUCACAAGCCCGCUCGGGGCGGACCGACGGUGAUGAAGUGUCUCUGUGUGUGGCACCUCCGAGGGCGCGGAGCGCGCGUGGUGGCGCGAACAAUAUAUGGGCACGGGCGCGAGAAAACACGCUCUGAGGCGUUACGCGCCGCGGCUGAACCUAAAGAGGGAACGUAAAUAUUCUUUUAUUUAAGAGAUUUCUUUUCAAAUCCGGGGAUCUGUGAAAGCAUCAUAUCACUUCCAACCGAAAGCUGUGAAAAAAAGGCGUCA